CGAUCUAGCAAACACAUAUCGUGACAUUGAUGUAUUUGUCUCUCUGUCCUCAUCCUCGAGCACCUGUGGCCUUAGGCUAGAUUACUCCGCCACCAGGCAUACCGCCGGCAAAGCAGAGCACCGCCGGCGCCGUGCAUCUUGUCCUCUUCACGCUUUCUUCCACGGGAGAAGCUUUGGGUGAGCAGAGAUGCCGCCGGUGACGGUGUUCGGUACGGCCAACUUCGCGAACGCGGCGAGGGUCAUGGCGUGCCUAGAGAAGGUGGGCGUCGAGUAUGAUGUCGUCCAGGUCGACUACAUGGCUAAGGAGCACAAGGGCGCCGAGCACCUCGCCAGAAACCCGUUCGGCCAAAUCCCGGCGUUUCAGGAUGGGGACAUCAUGCUCUUCGAGUCGCGAGCUAUCGCAAAGUACGUGCUUCGCAAAUACUCCAAGUCAGCAGAUAUCGACCUGCUGCGAGAAGGCAACCCGGAGGAAGCUGCGAUGGUAGACAUGUGGACGGAGGUUGAGGCGCACACAUAUUUUCCAGCCAUGGCGCCCAUCUUCUACGAGUGUGUCGUGUACCCUGCCAUGCAUGGCACCCCGACCAACCAGAAGGUGGUGGAGGAGAGCCUGGAGAAGCUCAGGAAGGUGCUCGACGUCUACGAGGCGCACCUGUCGAGGAGCAAGUAUCUAUAUCUCGCCGGUGACUUCUUCAGCUUCGCCGACCUCAACCACUUCCCGUUCACGUUCCAUGUCAUGACGACGCCGCACGCAUCGCUCUUCGACUCGUACCCUCAUGUGAAGGCGUGGUGGGAGAGAGUAAUGGCACGGCCGUCGCUAAAGAAGAUCUGCCCCGAUAUGGUGAUCCGGGCCUGACUGCACGCACGCACUAGCCGACCAUGCUGGAUCGGCGGAUUAUUGGAUGGGUGUGUGUAUGCGCUUAUCUCCUUCGUUUCCUUUCUGACGAAGUUUUAGCUCGAUGGAACGCCUGCGUAUUUGUUGAUGUAUGAUCGAAGACAUUCUAUCUUAUCUUAUACAAUUAGUAAAUGGAGACUCCAAGGCAGGUUUUUUUUUCA